GUGAUAGUAUUCAUUGAUGAUAUCUUGAUAUACUCCAAGAGUGAGGAGGAGCACGAACAUCAUUUGAGGCUUAUACUUGAUCGGCUAAGGGAAAAGCAACUCUUUGCCAAGUUCUCUAAAUGCGAAUUUUGGCUCAAGGAGAUUGGUUUUCUCGGUCACGUCAUAUCCGGUUCGGGCGUAGCUGUGGAUAACGCCAAGAUAAAAGCUAUCAUGGAUUGGGAGAGACCCAAGAAUGUGAAAGAGAUACGUAGUUUCCUUGGCCUAGCGGGAUACUAUCGUAAAUUUGUUGAGAAAUUCUCCGUAUUGGCGUCUCCAUUAACGAAGCUCACAAAGAAAGGGGCCAAGUUCAUAUGGGACGAUAAGUGCGAGAAGGGGUUCCUUGAAUUGAAGAAACGACUUACCGAAGCACCAGUCCUGGCCCUACCCAUACAGGGUAUAGGGUACGACAUUUACAGCGAUGCUAGCAUCCAAGGGCUUGGUUGUGUACUAAUGCAAAACGGUAAGGUGAUUGCCUAUGCUUCUAGGCAAUUGAGGAAACACGAGGUGAACUACCCCACUCACGAUCUAGAGUUGGGGGCGGUGGUGUUUGCAUUGAAGAUUUGGAGGCAUUAUCUCUACGGGGAGACGUGUCACAUUUUUACUGAUCAUAAGAGCUUGAAGUAUGUAUUCACUCAGAAAGAGUUGAAUAUGAGGCAGAGGAGAUGGAUGAAGUUGAUCAAGGACUAUGACUUGAUCAUCGACUAUCAUCCCGGAAAGGCCAAUGUAGUGGCCGACGCACUGAGCAGAAAGAGUACGUCAGGGACGCUACUCACAUGUCUACAGGCAUUGAGGGCACACGUGGAGGUAUCCACGAGCGGGGCGCUCAUUGCUAGAUUCGAGGUGAGGCCUACAUUGCUGAGUGAGAUCAGUAGAUGUCAGGCCAUUGAUGAGGAAUGUCAGAAGAUCCGCGAACGGAUCCUUGAGGGGCCCGUCGAGAAUUUUCGGGGACGUGGUGACGGUCUUUUAUUAUUUAAGGAUCGUGUGUGUAUACCAAAGAAUGAGGAGCUCCAGAGGGCUAUACUUGAGGAGGCUCAUUCUUCAGCAUAUGCCAUGCAUCCAGGGGGUACUAAGAUGUACCGAGAUCUGAAGGAAAGUUACUGGUGGUCAGGCAUGAAGAAGGAUAUCGCAGAGUUUGUGAGUCGAUGCCUUACUUGCCAGCAAGUUAAGGCAGAGCAUCAACACCCAGCAGGGCUCUUACAACCGCUCACCAUCCCAGAGUGGAAGUGGGAACAUGUGACCAUGGACUUCGUGGUGGGGCUGCCACGAACAGUGAACAACUACGAUGCCGUAUGGGUAGUGGUUGAUAGGCUCACCAAGAGUGCACACUUUCUGCCUAUCAACAUUACCUAUCCUCUUGAAAGAUUGGCCAAGCUAUACACGGAGGAGAUUGUGAGAUUACAUGGAGUCCCAAUAUCCAUUGUCUCGGAUAGGGAUCCACGAUUCACAUCCCGAUUUUGGCCAAAGUUUCAAGCAUCUUUGGGGACUAAACUGAAGUUUAGCACAGCUUUUCACCCACAGACCGAUGGACAGUCCGAGCGGGUGAUACAGAUUUUGGAAGACAUGCUUAGGGCAUGUGCUUUGGAGUUCCAAGGAAGUUGGGACAAGCAUUUGGCCCUAGUGGAAUUUGCCUAUAACAACAGUUAUCAGGCAAGUAUCGGCAUGCCCCCAUAUGAGGCAUUGUAUGGGAGGAAAUGCAGAACACCAUUGUGUUGGGACGAGGUUGGCGAGGCCAAACUCGAAGGGAUAGAGCUGGUUGAGAUCACCAAGGCCAAGGUGAGGAUCAUUCGGGAUAGACUGAAGGCUGCUCAGGACCGACAGAAGAGUUAUGCUAAUAAACGGCGGAGACCGUUGGAGUUCGAAGUCGGUGAUGAGGUCUUCCUAAGGAUUUCUCCUUGGAAGGGCAUCAUCCGAUUCGUAUCGAGGGGGAAGCUUAACCCCCGAUACAUAGGUCCGUUUGAGAUCCUUGAAAGGAUCGGGGCCGCGGCUUACCGACUCAAGUUGACGCCUGAACUUGAGAAGAUACAUGACGUGUUUCAUGUAUCAAUGCUCAAGAAGUACAUACGAGACCCAUCUCAUAUUCUUGAGAGACCACCGGUAGAGAUCCGUGAGGACUUGCAAUAUGCGGUGUAACCAGUGAAGAUUGUUGGUCAACAGGUGAAGAAGCUUAGGAAUAAGGAGAUUCCUAUGGUAAAGGUCCUUUGGAGGAGUGAUCGAGUCGAAGAAGAAACUUGGGAGACCGAGGUCUCCAUGAGGGAGCAAUACCCAUUUCUUUUCGAUUAGAUACUUGGAUUUCGGGGACGAAAUCCCAAAUAAGGGGGGGUGAACUUGUAACACCGUCCCCAAAUAUAUUUACUUUUAUGUAAAUAAUGUAUCGAACCUUAUUAAAGGAUUAAUGAAUUUACGAAGUUGUAAAUUUUUAUUAUUUCUUUCGCGUGAAUAGUAAAUUGCACGUGGGACCCACACCGGGAGCGGGGGCCGCCCGACACUCCCGAGACAACAUAUUUAUUCAUCUUGGUCAAGAUAAUAUUUAUAUAGUGGUGGAUAUUUUAUUUGGGUCGUGGAAAGGCGCAGAGUUGACCGAUUGGGAAAAAGAGGCCCAAUUACCGUACCGACAAUUCAACGAAUAGCAGCCCAGAAAUGAAUUCCGGAGACUUCCGAAUUAACGUUUUGGAAUAUAUAUUAUUUCAAAGGGGCGUUAUGAUUGGGAACACAUAAUAUACUUUAUUUUACCCGAUAAAAUAAAUUGUGAUUAAAACAGUCCGAAAAAUACAACUUUCGGGACCGAUUGUACACAUCGGGACACAAAGGGAUGACCUCCCACAUGAGUGGGGGCCACCCCACGUUUUUGUGUGCUCAACAAGACCUAUUGGGGCUGGAAUGACCAAAGGAUAUGUGGAGGAGGAUCAUUUGGCAUCUAUAGUACCAAGGAGGACCCCUCACCCUCUCUUAUUUGUCAUUUGAGACAAAAGUGGGUGUCCUCUCUCCCACCUAUCAUCAACUUCGACCAACCCCAUAAAGAAAGGAGAAGGAAGCUCUCAAACCAUCCUCCAUAGCUGCAAAAUUCGAGCUCAAGCAUAAGUGCUCAAAGAAGGAAGAUUAAAGAGGGAAAAAGUUGGGAAAAGUGUGAAUAAUUAAGGAACUUGUGAAAGGUAUUUCAAGUGAUUUCACAAAGUUGGAAGAGUCGCCGGAGUUGUCGCCGGAGUUUCACCGGAGUUCAACCAAGAAGGGUAGAACUUCAUAACGCUAGUUCAAGGUUGAAGCUAGGGCUUGCUACCUGCACCUUUCUACGGGUGACAUCAAGUCAAGGAAGACGUGGUUCGUGCUUCCUCAUUCCCUUUCAAAUGACUAAACAUUGCUCAUGGAUAUUUUUAUUUGUUAUAAACUAUUUUUGGGGCUUGCAUGCCCAUGUUGUUGGCCGGUUGUGGCUUAUGACUUACCGUUGAAUAUUUCCGCUAUUCAUUGGUUUAAUGUGAUGUUGUUAUGU